CCUACUUCUCAUUUAGGAAGCUGUCAUUUCUGUGUGUUCCUCCCCUUCCUCCUUCCUCCUUCCUCUUCUUCUUCUUCUUCUUCUUCUUCUUUUUCUUCUGACGUUUCUGUGUGUUUUCUUGCACUGAUAUUAUCGUUCAGUGAAGGAAGAACUUGAGGAGGAAGAGGCAACUGUUUCCGUGGAAAGUCUGCAGCAAUUAACAUAAUUUAUCUGUGUCGAUCUCUAUUUGGAGAAAGAGGGGAAGAAGAAGAAGAAAAUAUAUAUAUAAAAAGUUUGGAGGAGAUGGAAGUGAAAUCUGAACCUUUAGAACUGCCGGAACGCCAGAAAGUCACGGAGGAUCUUGAUCAAAUGACUCUCGCCCAGUUCUCCCACUUUUCCCAGUUCUCUAAAACUUGGCAACAGCUCCCUCCUGCAGGCACUCUUAAGCGGACGCGGAAUGAACGGAAGCGGAGAAAUCCAAAGCUGCUUUGGGUCAGCGAAAGACCACCUGCUCCUCCACCUCCACCUCCACCUCCAUGUUCUUCUCCUGAUCAUAAGCAGCAGGUAAGGGUUCCUGAUGAGGCUGAAAUGAAUAAAAGGCAAAAGACGUGUAGGAUCAAUGAUGAAGCUGGCUCAACUUCUAUGAAGAAAGCUAAACAACUUCAAAUGAAAUUAGCAAUAGAAAAAAUGCCUACUUUCAUGAAAUUCAUGCGGCCGUCCCAUGUCAGUGGUUGUUUUUGGCUGAAACUUCCUGCUGAUUUCUGCGAGUUAAACUUAUCGAAAGAAGAUUGUAUCAUUACAUUGGUGGAUGAAAGUGGUGAAGAGUACAAAACCAAGUACCUGGCUGAAAAAGUAGCACUGAGUGGUGGAUGGAAGGCAUUCUCUGUUGCACACAAAUUGGUUCCAGAAGAUACACUUUUGUUCCAACUUAUCAAUGCUUCUAAAUUUAAGGUGUACAUUAUAAGGGGAAAAGUUGCUAAAGAAGAAAUUCUUAUUGAGGAAGACAAUGUAGAUGAGGGAGUAUCUCCCCAUUUAUCUGAUCUUGAAGAGAACAAUCAAUAUGCUAUCCCUCCAGGAUCAAUUUAUAACCCUGGACCACCAGGUGUGGCACAGUUUGAAAAUGAUAGUGAAGUUGUAGUCGGAUCUCAAGCUUUGGAAGGCAUCAGUAUGGCAACAACAACCUUGGAAUUUAAAAAUGUUAAAAGAUUUGAGGAUUUCACCAUUAUAGUGAAUGGUUGGAAUAUAGAUUCUGAACUUCCAGUACAUGUUAGAACCAAGUAUUAUGAGUUGUGCUGUAGUCAAAAGGCUUUCCUUCAUGAAGAUCUAACUCCAGUCAUCAGUUGUAAGUUGAUUACUGAAAUUAUUUCUGGAACCGUGGAUGUGGCUGACUUCAUAAGAUGUUGCAACCUUAGUACUACCUCCAAGAAUGACUUUACAAAUUGGAGCAAAUGUUUGGAUGCCUUUGAAAGCAUGGGUAUGAAUGUUGGGUUUUUACGUGUUCGAAUGCAGCAGCUUGUGAAGUUGUACAAUGAAGCUGUGGUUGGAAGAGAUAGUUUGGAAAAGAAAAUAAGAGAUCUGGAAGUAAUGCUUAUGAAAUUAAGAAAGGUCUAUGCAAGUAAAGAAAGAGAAAUUGAGACUCUAAAGUGGGAGGCUGAGAGGCAUGAUGUGAAGUUCAAAGCAGAGGUCAAUGCUCUGUGGUGAGUGGUAAGCUCUGCGUUUUUCUAUCAUUUUGUAGUUUCCUCCUGUUUUUUUAGUAGCCUGAAUUGAAUUUUGCAGUUGAUAAAGAUAAUUCUAUGAAGAGGAGGAGAGUUUGUUUUUUGUGUAAUAUGAUUUUAAGAUGUAUAUUUUUGUGGAAUAUAAGCAGAUCAGCUAUGUAAUUUUUUUUU